AGCCCGUUUAACAUGUUGUAUCUGACGUUCCUACUUUCAUUUUCUAUAAGGAAGUUAAGUACGAGCUCGAUUCUAUGAAAACAACUUUAAAAGUGAACAAACCUGUUCAGAUAUUGCCAAUUCUAAGAACGCAUUAUUUAAAAGGAAUCAAGAAAAUGUCAGAACAUACUAGUUUUAUUUGCCAGCAUAACGUGACAUCCGCAGAGUGUAACGACAUGGCAGCGGGAUGGGGCCCUUGGCCUACACCUUUUAGUGAUAGAUAUAGUUUUGAGACGCAAUACCAAGAAAAUAUGAUAUCAAAAAGAUGUGAGCUAAUGUACGACACAUGGAGACGUACAGAAACAAAUACGUGUUUCAAUCAAUCGAUAAGCAAAGAUGGAAAAUUUGUCAUUGGACUUAUUGGUAAAAACGGGGGAUAUUUGGAAUUAGUGAGUAGAGGAAUCCAGUUGCACAUUCCUCCUGGGGCAAUGGAACUAGCUGGAGAUGCAGAAUAUGUAUUUGUGUAUGCAGACACAGUCCAAAGUAACUUUGUAUGCUAUGAUGUUAUUAUCUGUGGCCCUCCUGGUCUUACAUUUAGCAACUCGGUACUGUUACGUUUCCCGAAAUCAGAACCAGGACAUGAAGAGCUUGCGGCACACCAUAUUCCGCCUUCUAUUAAACUAAGUGUUCAAAAAUUAGGAGACCCUAUGGUAUGGAGGUCUCUGGAUACCAGUAAAGAUGGUUUCUGUUUUCUGGAAGACGGUGACGUGUUUUUGUAUUUGAACCACUUUACAGGAAUUAAAGCUAAUGUUGAGGUUACAUCUACUCCAGGCACGCACGACCAGCAGAGUAAGACCAUCUACAUUUCUGCUUUCCUGGAACAACAUGAUAAACGUUAUUUAUCUUUGCGGGUGUUCUGCAGUACAUAUUUAGCAUUAAAGCUUGUGACGAAAGAGGAAUCAAACAGCAGCUCUCGUAGGGUAGGAAAUCCAGUUAAGGCUGGCUCAUACCAAUCUCGUGAUGAGGUUAAAAUUAUAAUUGCUGAAUGUGUGGAUUGCCGAGUGGAACCAUCUGCUUACACGAUUUGUGUCGGCAAUGUUGUUUCUGACUUGGGAUAUGUUUUUCGUCAAUUUGUGUUGGAAUGUCCUGAGGGAUCCACCGAUAAAGCAUUCCUAAAGUUUCAGGGAAAAAAUGAUUUGCAAGAGCCAGAGUUCACAUCUUCGCCGUUGUCCCAGCCUAUUCUAUCAUUAGAAUUACGCCGUGAACUUUCCAUUCAGCUUGACGUUCUGAGGGAAUCGCAGAGUCAUGGCGAAGCAGAAUUGAGGCUUUGUGACUAUCGGGGUCUAGCAAAUUUGAUGGCAAUGUCUGAAUGCUACAUAAACUGGCUCGGAUCUCCCAAGAACUGCCAAUCAAGUACAAGUCCGACUAUUAUCCUCUUGAAUAAAUGGGAGAUUCAUUGCAGAAAGAGGCAACUGACAAAUCACGAGGCUUUAAAUGAGUUGGAGGCAUAUUUAAAGACACUCCAACACAAUACAUGUAUUAAGAUAGUUAAUGAGUACACCAAAAGUAUGUAUAGGUCUAAGGGAACGUGCAGGUACACAAAUGGUAUUAAACUAUUUGAUAAGUAUACAAAAAGUAUGUCUAAAUCAACGGAAAAGAGUGUAGGCCUAAGAGUAGCACGACGAUACUCUGUAUGUACGACUAAGUCUAAGGAAACGCAUCAUAGUGUAAGUGAGCCAGAGGGGGGUUUUGAAUGCGAAUACAGAAAUGGUAUUAAGAUAUACACGGAAAGUAUGUCUAAACCUAAGGAAAAGAGUGAUGGUAACGUACGAGCACGUCGACGGUACUCUUGUGUUCUGUAGGUCAGUAACACUUUUAAGUUGUUAAAUUACAAGUUAACGUCCGAUGUCGUAGCACUACAUACAAACAAAAUCAAUCAAUUCAAAAUCUGUAUGUAUGCCAUAGAUCUUUUAUAUUACAGUAAGGUGUUUUAAUUCUUUUAUGAUAUUAUUACCUAUGCACAUAUAAAUCAUAUUGUUGUAUUUAAGUGAUUUUAUAUUUGCAAGCACGUGCAUGUUUAUGUACAUCUGCUUUUAUUAUUAUUCUGGGAGUGUCGAUAAAGUACAGAAAGUACUGUAGACUGUAUGCAUGUACUGUGGAUACUUACCCUAAUAUAAUUUCAAACUUUUUCCUUAUUUCAAUUGUUUUUGCUUUUUUCUUUGUUUCAUUGAUUUUUUUAUGUAGUGUGUAUUGCUUAAGAACACACCGCAUUAUAUUUGCGGGUGCUGCCGAUACGAAGGCAUGUUCAAAUGAAUAACAACAACAAUUUAAAAAAGUCAAAAUAACCAAAGUAGGCCUACCAAGUAUCAUUUGACACAGUUUAUAUUAUAUUAGUGUCAUUUGAAUUGUACAUUAAAUUAAAAUUAUACUAAUUGUGUCUAUUAUUACGGUGUUGUUCUGUGAUUUGUUUUUAAUUUUG